UCAGCACCGAGUGCUGGACUACCUGUCCAGUUAGCUUAGGUUUUGAGAGAAUUCUCCCUAAGUCUUGGCUGCAGCCUCUUAACAACCACCAUGUGCAGUUCUUUAGGACCUCAGCUAAACGCCCAGUUAGAAGGUUGGCUUUCACAAGUUCAGUCUACAAAAAGACCUGCUAGAGCCAUUAUUGCACCCCAUGCAGGAUACACGUACUGCGGCUCCUGUGCUGCCCAUGCUUACAAACAAGUGGAUCCAUCUGUUACCCGGAGAAUUUUCAUCCUUGGGCCCUCCCACCAUGUGCCCCUGUCUCGAUGUGCACUCUCCAGUGUGGAUAUAUAUAGGACUCCUCUGUAUGAUCUUCGUAUUGACCAAAAGAUUUACGGAGAACUAUGGAAGACAGGAAUGUUUGAACGCAUGUCUCUGCAGACAGAUGAAGAUGAACACAGUAUUGAAAUGCAUUUGCCUUAUACAGCUAAAGCCAUGGAAAGCCAUAAAGAUGAGUUUACCAUUAUUCCUGUACUGGUUGGAGCUCUGAGUGAGUCAAAAGAACAGGAAUUCGGAAAACUCUUCAGUAAAUAUCUAGCGGAUCCUAGUAAUCUCUUUGUGGUGUCUUCUGAUUUCUGCCACUGGGGUCAAAGGUUCCGUUACAGUUACUAUGAUGAAUCCCAGGGGGAGAUUUAUAGAUCCAUUGAACAUCUAGAUAAAAUGGGUAUGAGUAUUAUAGAACAAUUAGAUCCUGUAUCUUUUAGCAAUUAUUUGAAGAAAUAUCAUAAUACUAUAUGUGGAAGACAUCCCAUCGGGGUGUUAUUAAAUGCUAUCACAGAACUCCAGAAGAAUGGAAUGAAUAUGAGCUUUUCCUUUUUGAAUUAUGCCCAGUCAAGUCAGUGUAGAAGCUGGCAAGACAGUUCAGUGAGUUAUGCAGCUGGAGCACUCACGGUCCACUGAAGCUCCGACCCUCAGGGACACCACCUGCACAGACUCAUACUCUGUCCAGGGUCCAGCCUAGCCUUUACCAAGAUGUUGGUUCUGGUGUGGGGGGAUUCUGAAACCUCAGACUAAUAGAACUCUCUUCUCUUCUUUUCUAGUAGGUGUAGUCCUCCUUAAUUUCAACUCAUUUAAAAAAUGCUUUAUAGUUUGGGGCAGUGGAAGGAAGGCUGGGAUCAAAAUAUUUUGAUUUAAAAAAAAAGAUGACAGUGUAAAGGCCCAAUUGACACAGUUUUUGAAAAUGACUUGUAAAGCAUUUAGCAUAUCUGAAAUUUGCACUCUUUGCAGACUCAUGCACAUAUAUUCCGCUUUCAGAAUAGUUUUGCAGAUUGUACACAGACAAAAGGGUGGAAGCUUUUUAAUAAAAGAAAUUGCAUUUAUAAAUGAUCUGUAUUAGAAUAUAAGAAAUCUCCAGUUAUAGACAAUGACUACCCAUGUUGUACAACAGAUACCUUCUAUUUUAGUUGCUAAUAAAGGGCUACACAACUCAAAAUAGUCUGAUUUAAACUUAUUGCUUUGUGUUAUAAAUGGAAAUUUGAUUUUUAUUAAUUCCAUCUCAGAAUUUUUGUUGAAAUGGCAAACCUCAGCUCCUAUGUAAGAGUAUUAGAAUAUAUUUUACUUUUAUAUUCAUGUGAUUUUUUUAAAUCACAGAAAUUGUAGUCAUACAAUCUUAAAGUUAACUUUCAAAAUUAAUAGUCAUUUGCUUUUUUGUGUGUGAAAUACCCUUUUUUGUAGUAGAAUAUAAAUUCACGAAUGCUUUAAAAACAAAUAGAUGGAGUCCUUCAAAUACUGUGUUUGAGAGUCUGCAAAUGAGGAAACAUUGAAGAGUGUUAUUAGUGUGUUCCAAGUCAUUGCAGACCGUACACCACUAUGUUUUUUCACCUCUUUAAGCAAUUUGACUCUUUUACUUGAAUUUUUAGCAAGAAAUCAUAGACAAUAACAGUAACAAGGCCUACUGGACUUGUGAUAGUCCUGCAAAUUUGUGUUUUUUUGGGGGGGCAUGAUUUUUGGUGCGGCUCUUCCAACUAAAAUAAUGGUAUGGUGUUGUAUUCUUUAUCAUAGAUUUAUUCUAGUCAUUUUGGCAAAAAAAAA